AUGACCGCUUGGCGUCGAAUGCAGAUAUUUGGUCCGGAAAGCUUUAGUAUUCCGGAGCGCAAAGGCCUGAAGAGCUUCUGGAUGGGUCUUUCUAGCUUUCUGCACCCCAUGCUUCCGGUAAAGAGUUGUGACAAUGGCUUAGGGUACUCAAUAGACUAUGGUCCACUGAAGACCAAACUUUUCAACUGGUCUAUCCUCCUGUCGGCUAGUGGCGAAGAAAACACCGACUCGAUACUAUCACAGUCGUCAAAAUGGCAGAAGGUUCCUUUCGCCCAUCCAACCUCGCUUGAUGCACCCACUCUUCCGGACAUAUAUCUUCACCGCGUCGGCGGUGGAUAA